GAUUCGCCCAUCAACAAGCUGCUCUAUGCCCGAGACAUCCCACGUUAUAAGCAGAUGGUGGAGAGAUAUUAUGCAGACAUCAGGCAAACCAUCUCAGCCAGCGAUCAGGAGAUGAAUUCGGCCCUAGCUGAGUUGUCCAGGAAUUAUUCUGGUGACCUCAGUGCCCUGGUGGCACUACAUGAACUCUACAAGUAUAUCAACAAAUACUACGACCAGAUCAUCACCGCCCUGGAGGAAGAUGGCACUGCCCAGAAGAUGCAGCUGGGUUACCGGCUCCAACAGAUCGCUGCUGCUGUAGAGAACAAAGUCACUGACUUGUGACCUUCCCUCACUGGACUGGUCCUGACAGGCCCUCUCCCUCGACCCCCGUGGCCUGGACACAUACCCUGCUAUGGCCUCAAAAGCCUGGGAAGUAGACCCUCCCACUUCUCCCCACCAGGGUGGCCUUCUACAGGAUGAGGGCCCUGGUGCUGGAAGAAAUGCUCUUUUGUGACUGAUUUUCCAAGCAGACUUUAGUGGGAGUAGCAGAGUCUGGGCUUCCCAGAGCUCUGGCCACAGGUCCCUCAAGCACAAUGGCAGUGGCCCCAGCCUGUGUCCUGCUGACUGGCCAUCAAACCACACCAGGAGAUCUCUUCUCCAUGAGCUCACUAGCCCUCUAGGUUUGCCUUCUCUAUGUGGGACUGAGCUGGCCCUCUCAGCUGUUCCUGCUUGGGCUGUGGACAUGGAAUCAGGGUUCAGUUUUUCUUUUGAGGACAGACAGGGAGAACAAAGGAUGCGGCUCACAGAGGAUGCCCUUUUGCAUCCUGUCAUUCUGAUCUUCAAGGCUGAAGUCAAGAGAGUAGGACUUGGUCCUAUUCCCCUUCUCCAGCUUCUUUCAUCAGCCCUACUGCAGCUGUGGAUCCCCAUUCUUUGUGACUCUGAAUCCUCUCCCAGGAUCCCCACGGACUGAUCCCUAGUCAGGUCUGGGAACUUCAGAUGGCAGUCUUGGGGGUGGAGAGUGGAGGAGAGGUGCCCAUCCUGCUCACCCCGAUAACCCCUUGUCCAAUGCUAAAACCUGCCUCUGUUGGGAAGAAAAAUUGGUAUAACGUCUUGAUGAGGCUCUGACCUUGUGACCUAGUGAUGUAACUGUAGUGGUGGCCCUGACUGACACCUGGUGACCAUUAAAGGAUAACAUUGAUCUCA